UUUGUUUUCCCAUUCAUUUAGGCCUUGCCUUUCAAUUCCUUAUUUUUGGAAGGAAUUGAAAUGCCAUUUUACACACUUCUUAGAAUGGGUUGUGGCGUUUCCAAGAUAGAUGCCAAUGGCGUCGCCACACCUAAUAGAUCAAUUCUCCCAAAUUUCCCUACUAGAAAGAAACAAUCAAACAAAUGCAAUAUCCCUCCAAAAACACAACCAAUGUUGUUAAUGCAUGAAAAUGAUGAUAGACUUUCCAUUUCUGCUCUAAAAUGUGAUGUUGAUUUGAACUAUGUCGCACCCAAGGCAUAUAAAGAAGAAAAUGAUGAAAAAAGGGUCGCGAAAAUAAGGACAAUGGUUGAGGAAGCGGAAAAAAAUGAUGAAAAGGGUAGACUACUACAUGAAGAGGAGGCGGAGGAGGAGGAGGAUGGUCAUGACGAUGAUGAUCAAAGGGCGAUUAAAAAGGUUCAUGUUGGUGAGGAGGAUGGUAAUGCUUUCCCUGGUUCACCGAGUUUUAGGGUUUAUUUUACCAAUAAGGAUGUUGAAACAAAGAAGAUUAAUGACGGUUAUAAUAAGGUGGGCUUGAAGGACGUUACCCCAGUUGCAACUACCAUAUCAUCAACAAAGGAGUCGGAGUCGUCGGUAGGAAAGGAGGAGAAGAAAGAAAUACGAAAGAGAAGUACUUUUAGAAAAGUGCUACCAAAGAACUUGUUGAAUGUUCGAUCAUCAUCUAACUCUUCAACUCGAUCCACUGAUCAUCAUUAUCAUCAUAAAGUAGCUUCUUGAAUCUUGAUCAUAUAUUAUAUGGCAUGCGAAGGGGAAUUAUUAAAACACCUCUACACAUUGCUUUGUUUUGUUUGUUCUCUUGUGCAUUCUAUUUCUCCUCUUUUGACUCUAUAUGAAAUAAUUAUAAUAGAAGGUUCUUUAAGGCUUCAUGUAUCGUGAAUUUGAGA